AUGGCUGUGUGGCAGCUUUGUCCCAGGGCCCAGCAGAAGCCCCUGCUGCGGGAAGGGAGUUACACUGGCAGGACACUCACAGAACUUCUGAAGCAGCCGGACCCCCAGGAGCCACUGCCCCCACCCCUGGGCCCACCUCUGGGUAGCUGUGUCCAGGUGCAGAUGGGUGAUGGCCUCCCCCGGGGCUCCCCCAACAGCACAGACAAGAAGCGCCCCAACAACGUGCCCCUGGGGUCAGCAACACCGGGACCCCUGCGUGGCCCCAGGCUGCAGGGCGGUGGCACCAUGACGCUGCAGCCCGACUACGCCAAGUACCCCACUCUCAAGGCAGCCGCGCCCAAGGCCGCAGAAGCCACCCCACAGGACUUCUACCAGCAUUUUCCCGCCACCGAACCUGCCCCGCGGACCCUCCCGGCGCGGGCUGCGCGGCCCCGCGAGGACUUGCCCGCGCUGCUCGACGCCUGCCCCUGGGCUCCGCCGGGCUACGCGGCCCCCGUGGGCCUCGCUCCGUCCGGCCACUACAAGGCCUGGAUCGCCGGCCGCCAGGCCCGGCCCGCCCCCCGCGGCCACCUGACGGCUCAGGCCUCCCCCGCACCCCGGCGGCCCGGCCACGCGCCCCGGCGCCAGUUCAGCGUGGAGAAGCUGCCCGAGGCCUUCAGCCCGCAGCCCCCUGGCCUUUAUGGCAGCGCGAGCCGCGGACCCCGGCAUCUGAGCACCAACAGCAAAGCCGAGGUCACCGUGUGA